AUGAGAGAUGGCAGCAACACCACCAAGAAGAGCAAGCUGUCAUGGUCCCAGAGCUUGGUGAGGAAGUGGUUCAACAUCAGGAGCAAGGCCCAUGACUUCCAUGCCGACGAUGUAGCCGCGAUUGGUAGGACAGUCGCGGGAGGGGGUGAUGAUGAGUGGAGGAGGGGCAGCAGCUUCACCCGUAGGGAGCCUAGCACAGUGAAGAAGAGCAAGACAGAGAGGUCCUCGAGGAGGAGCAAUGGGCACUCGAGGCGGGGAAAGAUCGACCUUGAUGCCGCCGAAGCUACAGUGACAUUGGACUAUAGGAUAUUUGUUGCUACAUGGAAUGUGGGUGGCCGUUCCCCACCAAAUAACAUGAGCCUUGAGGACUGGCUCCAUGCUGCACCUCCUGCUGACAUCUAUGUCCUCGGGUUUCAAGAAAUCGUUCCACUCAAUGCUGGGAACGUUCUUGGGACAGAGGACAAUGUCCCAGCAAAGAGGUGGGUGUCACUGGUCAGGAGGACACUGAACAAUUUGCCAGGUACUAGUGGCAAUGGGAGCUUCCGGACACCAUCUCCGGCUCCUAACCCUGUGGUGGAGAUCGAUGAUGAUUUUGAGGGUUUGUCAUCGAGGCAGAACAAUGCGACAUUCUUUCAUCGUCGGUCUUUCCAGGCUGGGCUUAGUCGGAGUUUGAGGAUGGAGGGUGACAUUCUUGCUCCUCAGCCAAGGCUGGAACGUCGGUACAGUGUCUGUGACCGAGCAAUCUAUGGUCCUAGGCCUAGCGACUAUGAGAACAACUACCGAUGGGGUGGAUCAUCAGAUGACGAGAAUAAUACUGGAGAGUCACCGAGUACUGUGUAUUCACCAAUGUCAUAUGGAUACGGCAAUGCAUCAUCUCUGGAAGAUAGCCAGAGACGAGGAGCUGGUCAAACUAGAUACUGUCUGGUGGCAAGCAAGCAAAUGGUGGGAUUGUUUCUGAUGAUUUGGGCUCGGAAAGACAUAAGAGAUGACAUAAGAAAUCUGAAAGUUUCUUGUGUUGGGAGAGGACUGAUGGGCUACCUUGGGAAUAAGGGUUCAAUUUCGAUUAGCAUGUCAUUGCACCAAACAAGCUUCUGCUUCGUCUGCAGCCACCUGACUUCGGGACAGAAGGAAGGUGAUGAGCUGCGGAGGAACUCCGAUGUGCUGGAAAUCCUCAGAAAGACCAGGUUUCCAAUGGUCUAUGGGCAGUAUGAGCGUUCACCAGAAACAAUCUUAGAGCAUGAUCGAAUCAUCUGGCUCGGGGACCUAAAUUACCGAAUCGCGCUUUCCUAUCGGUCAGUGAAGGCCCUUGUCGAGAUGCGCAAUUGGAAAGCCUUGCUAGAGAAAGAUCAGCUAAGGAUCGAGCAAAGAGGCGGAAGAGUAUUUGUUGGGUGGAAUGAGGGGAAUAUAUAUUUCCCACCAACAUACAAGUACUCAAACAAUUCUGAUAAGUAUGCUGGAGAUGACAUGAGCCAGAAGGAAAAGAGGAGAACCCCCGCAUGGUGCGACCGUAUUUUGUGGUACGGAAGAGGCCUUGGUCAACUGUCAUACGUACGAGGUGAAUCUCGCUUUUCGGACCAUAGACCGGUCUACAGCGUCUUCAGUGCAGAAGUGGAAUCAAUCAAUCAUAGCCGGAUCCAAAAGAUGAGUUGCUCAAGUUCUCAACUGGACAUCGAAGAACUGUUGCCUUACUCAUAUGGAUACACUGACAUCAACCCAUAUGGAUACACGGACCUAAACUUCUACUGA